AGCGAGUAUAUACACGCGUUUCAAGUAUCGUAUGCAGAAAAAACUCGUUAGCCUUUCGCGCGACUGUUGUACGAGCGCAGUGAUGCUGUGCACGCGUUGCGAAACAGUGAAAUGCAAAAGAAUCAGUCGUAGAUAAGACAACGGAGAGUUGAGACGCACGAGUGACAAAAUACGACGAGAGUGACGAUAUCUCGCGUUCCAUCGGAAAAAUAAAUCAUUUGUCAAAGUUUGUUGUUCGAUUCUAUUCGCGAGCUGUGGAACUUUCCACAUUCUAAAAAUGAAUACAACCGGAAUAUGUGUUUUUCUCCGCCAUCGCGUAAUUGUGCAUUGUCUUCCGCAUCGCAAGGUUGCAAGCAGCUCUCGGAAACGGUGGAAAAAAUGAAGCUGCUAAUCGUGUGCCUAAUUUUCGCGGCGGCGAUCUCUAUUGCAACGAGUCAAAACGAAUACAUCGCUAAACCAGGCUCGUGUCCACCUGCCUUACCUGUGCAAUUCUGCGGACAUUCCUGCCUCGUUGACUCACACUGCGCUGGAAUCGGCAAGUGUUGUCCGACCCAAUGCGGCGGUUCUAUAUGCUCCAUGCCCGUCACGAUGAGCCGGCCUCUCCAGUCAGAGAAACCAGGCACUUGCCCGUCGGUACCGACAGGCAGAUGGGUGUGCACGUCUACCUGCAACAGCGACAGCGAUUGCAGAGGCAACCUGAAGUGCUGUAAAAACCGAUGCGGAGCUCUGGCUUGCCAGAAGCCGGAAAUCGAGGUAGUCGAGUCUAUCGGGAUUCCUGUUGAACCGGUCGCUCCGCGUUUCGGAUACGAUUAUUAAGAAACUUUUGCAGAUUUAUUUAUCCUUGCACACACCGUGCGCAUAAUUAAUACAACUCUGCCAUUAAUUGCGCAAAGAUUACGUCCGCGCAAACGACGAUAAUACGAUUUUUAUGUCUUAGCCUACUUAUUUCACCUUGCGAGAUUGACGUAUUCGAUAUUUGUGCCAUACUUGUGUGUGUGUGUGUGUGUGUGUGUGUGUGUGUGUGUGUGUGUGUGUGUGUAAGUGCUAAAAAUAUUAUUUACGUAUUUUUCUAUAAAAUAUAAUGACUUGGACCAAUUACUGCAUUCCGAUAGGUCUUAUCGUCGUGUAAAUUUUUUUGGUGUUUUUCUCUUAUCGCUAGAUAAAUAUCUAUUCAGUUCCUAUUUACUCGAAAUAAAUUAAUAAAAUAUCAGCGAAGAAAAUCAAUACAGGAUGUUUGAAUAAAAUCCUAAACAAAGCUGUCAUAGAAGUGUCUAUACAUUUACACCGAGACGUAAUUAAUGCAUCACCACUCGCCGAUAACUCCAACAGAGUACAAGCAAAGGCCAAGGCUGUGUGCGGGGGGGAGGGGGGAAGGGAGGGGACAGCAUCAAGGUGAACAAACAUUUGUUGCGAGAUUUGAAUAAUACAUUCGAGCGUUUAAUUCGAUAUUUUAAGCAACAUAAGAAGCCACGACUCUACUCGCUCGCUCGCUCAUUAUAAAGAUUAAGUACGUAUGUUGCAAGAAUAUCUAAUGAAACAGAUGGAUACUCCAGAAAAGAGCGGAUUGUUCAGUAUUUUCCAUCGACGGAGAAGCAGCUGGUGGGGUUAAAUUUAUUUCCAACUCAAAGUGAGUGUCUCAAGUGGCGUAUUACACGCAGUUACGUGAUCGAACUGUACAGAAACGAAUAAUCUCUCGCGUACUUCGAUACACGCAACAUAUCUCGCCGUGAUACGUCACGAUGUCAUGAUCGGCGUGUGGAAAACUGUAACAGUUCACGG